AUGACUCUGCUUUUCGAAUGGGCCUUUGGGAAAAAACUCACGCCUCAGGAGCGGCUUCGAAAGAACCAGCGGGCGCUUGAAAAGACACAGCGCGAAUUGGCCAGAGAAACCACCAAGCUACAAGCCCAAGAGAAGAAGUUGAUGCUGGAAAUCAAGAAAUCCGCCAAACAGGGCCAGAUCGCCAGCGCCAAGAUCCAGGCGAAAGACUUGAUCCGAACGAAAGGCUACAUUGUUAAGUUCAACCAGAUGAAGGCGCAGUUGCAAGCGAUUCUGUUGAGAAUCCAGUCUGUACGGAGUAAUGCCCAGAUGGCGUCGCUGAUGAAAGACGCUACACGCCUUUUGCUGGGCAUGAAUCGUCUGAUGAACUUGCCGCAGUUGUCGCGGAUUGCGCAGGAGUUUGCCAAAGAAAACGAUCUCAUGGACCAGAAACAGGAGUUCAUGGACGACGCUAUUGACGACGCCAUGGCGCUCGACGAAGAUGGCUUAGAUGAGGACGAGCAGGCGGACGAGGUGUUGACAAAGGUGUUGGAUGAGAUUGGAGUUGAUCUCAACACAAGCUUGAAAGACACGCCCAACCACAUUAGUGCGCAAGAAAACCCCAGUGGCCGAGUAGCGGAGGCAGUGGGCGGUGGUUUUGACGAGGACGAUUUGCAGGCUCGUUUGGACAGCUUGAAGAAGUAG